UUGGGGAGGAGCGUGGUCGGGCGUCACGUGAGCCAGGAUGCGUUUGUUUGCGGAAGUAAAGGGAAGUAGAAGUGCUGAGUAAGCCGAGCCCGAGGGGAGGGCGGUGGGCCCCCCGCCCGCCGCAGGGAAGAUGCAGUUCUUUGGCCGCCUGGUCAACACCCUCAGCACCGUGUCCAACCUGUUCUCCAGCCCAUUCCGGGUGAAGGAGGUGUCCGUGGCCGACUACCCAGUGACCGACCGGGUUCAGGAGGAGGGGCAGCUGCUUCUGUUCCAGAACAGGCCCAACCGGACCUGGGACUGCGUCCUUGUCAACCCCAGGAACGCGCAGAGUGGCUUCCGACUCUUCCAGCUGGAGUCGGAGGCCGAGGCCAUAGUGAACUUCCAGCAGUACUGCGCCCAGCUGCCGCCCUUCUACGAGAGCUCCGCCCACGUCCUGCAGGCCGAGGUCCUGCAGCACCUGACCGACCUCAUCCGCAACCACCCCAGCUGGUCGGUGGCGCACUUGGCGGUGGAGCUGGGGAUCCGGGAGUGCUUCCAUCACAGCCGCGUCAUCAGCUGUGCCAACAGCAGGGAGAAUGAGGAGGGCUGCACGCCGCUGCACUUGGCCUGCCGCAAGGGCGACGGGGAGAUCCUGGUGGAGCUGGUGCACUACUGCCACGUGCAGAUGGACGUCACCGACAACCACGGGGAGACCGCCUUCCACUACGCCGUGCAGGGGGACAACGCCCAGGUGCUGCAGCUGCUGGGGAAGAACGCCUCGGCCGGCCUGAACCAGGCGAACCAGCGCGGCCAGACGCCGCUGCACCUGGCCUGCCAGCUGGGGAAGCAGGAGAUGGUCCGCGUGCUGCUGCUGAGCAACGCCCGCUGCGGCGUCCCGGGGCCCGGCGGCUACCCCAUCCACACGGCCAUGAAGUUCUCCCAGAAGGGAUGUGCUGAAAUGAUCAUCAGCAUGGACAGCAAUCAGAUCCACAGCAAAGACCCUCACUACGGAGCCAGCCCCCUCCACUGGGCCAAGACUGCUGAGAUGGCCCGCGUGCUGCUGAGGCGUGGCUGCGACGUGAACAGCACCAGCUCCGCGGGGAACACCGCCCUGCACGUGGCCGUGAUGCGCAACCGCCUCGAGUGCGUCAUGGUGCUGCUCACCCACGGGGCCAGGGCCGACGCCCGCGGGGAGCACGGCAACACCCCGCUGCACCUGGCCAUGUCGAAAGACAAUGUGGAGAUGGUCAAGGCCCUCAUUGUGUUCGGAGCAGAAGUGGACACCCCAAAUGACUUUGGGGAGACUCCCGUCACCAUAGCCUCCAAGAUUAGCAAGCUGGUCACCAGGCGGGCGCUCUUGACUCUGCUGAGAACCAUAGGGGCCGACCACCGCCCCGCGGCCCCCUCCGACCAGGGCGCCACCACAGCACAGCAUUCCUUCUCCCUGGAGCGAGCUCCGCCCCUGCCGGUCAGCCUGAGCAGCCUAGAGCUGCAGGACAUCGUGCACAUCUCCCGGGCGCGGAAGCCGGCCUUCAUCCUGAGCUCCAUGCGGGACGAGAAGCGCGCCCACGACCACCUGCUCUGCCUGGACGGCGGGGGCGUGAAAGGCCUGGUCAUCAUCCAGCUCCUCAUCGCCAUUGAGAAGGCCUCGGGCAUCCCCACCAAGGACCUCUUCGACUGGGUGGCCGGGACCAGCACGGGGGGCAUCCUGGCUCUGGCCAUUCUCCACGGCAAGUCCAUGGCCUACAUGCGCGGGGUGUACUUUCGCAUGAAGGACGAGGUGUUCCGAGGCUCGCGGCCCUACGAGUCGGGGCCCCUGGAGGAGUUCCUGAAGCGGGAGUUCGGAGAGCACACCAAGAUGACGGAUGUCAAGAAGCCCAAGGUGAUGCUGACGGGGACCCUCUCUGACCGGCAGCCGGCCGAGCUCCACCUCUUCCGCAAUUACGAGGCUCCCCAGCCCACGCGGGAGCCCCGCUUCAGCCAGAACAUCAACCUAAAGCCUCUGACUCAGCCGUCAGAGCAACUGGUGUGGCGGGCAGCCCGGAGCAGUGGCGCGGCCCCCACCUACUUCCGGCCCAACGGGCGCUUCCUGGACGGCGGGCUGCUGGCCAACAACCCCACGCUGGACGCCAUGACCGAGAUCCACGAGUACAACCAGGACUUGGUUCGGAAGGGUCGGGGUGACAAGGUGAAGAAACUCGCCAUCGUCGUCUCUCUGGGCACAGGGAGGUCCCCCCAGGUGCCGGUGACCUGUGUGGAUGUCUUCCGCCCCAGCAACCCCUGGGAACUGGCCAAGACGGUUUUUGGGGCCAAGGAACUGGGCAAGAUGGUGGUGGACUGUUGCACAGACCCAGACGGGCGCGCUGUGGACCGGGCCCGGGCCUGGUGUGAGAUGGUGGACAUCCAGUACUUCAGACUGAACCCCCAGCUGGGGGCAGACAUCAUGCUGGACGAGGUCAGUGACCUGGUGCUGGUCAACGCCCUCUGGGAGACGGAGGUCUACAUCUACGAGCAGCGGGAGCAGUUCCAGAAGCUCAUCCAGCUGCUGCUCGCGCCGUGAGGCUGCCAGGCCGCCAUGCGCCCGGCCAGCGCUCCCACAGGCCGCCUGCCCGAGGCCGGUUCCGGGGCUCCUGCCCCUCUGCUCCCGUCCUGCCACUCAAGGCUGCCAUCCCCGGCCUCGCUGGGGCCCUUGCCCCGUCACCAAGGACAGCUGGUCCCGGCCCCCCGCCCCCGCCAGCUCAAACACUAAGGGCGCCUGCACACCCCAGCCCUGGCCUCCCAGGGGCCCUGAGCUCUUCGUGGUCCCCAGGCCUACAGUCACCCCUCCCAUCCCCUGCCUUCUUCCUGGGGGGUGGGAGCUAGAGAAAAGGGCCGUGCCCCGCCCCAUCAGCAGGCACACUUCAGGAGGGGUGCGGCAUUCGACUUUGCACACACACACCCCACGGGCCGCCCCACCCUGAGCGCUCCUCUGGCCUCAAAGGCCGGUCCCGCCACUCCCGUCAUUAUUCUUCCGACAGGACAGAAGGCGGGUUGGGGGUGGGGUGGGGCAGGGGCUCAGGCUGCCUCCAACCUCAAAUCCCAAAUAAAUCAAAUAAAGAGCUCGGUCUGUCGGUC